AGCAUGCAGUCAGUAUAAGGUAUUACCGGAACAAAACCAGUGAUCGUGAAUCUCACCGAAGUUAGUGUAACAUAUGCGAUCUCAAGACGUGUAACGCACAGCUUUCAAGAUGAAGUUGGACGGCAUCGUCAUUCUCCGCUACAUAGUCAUUGUGGGAUUGGCAUGCGUCUUAGAUGGUGUUGAAGGAACACCCAAAAAAGGUGGUAAGAGUGGAGGAAAGAGCAAGGUCUCCACCAUAAAAAAGGGAGUCGCUGUGGCUGCCGGUGCUGCAGGGGCUGCAUAUGUGGGCCACAAGAUAAAGAAGAAGAUGAAGCACAAAGGAAAAUUCGGAGAUGAUGACGGUCUGCGAUGUUGGCUGUGCGGAGUACCCGGGUCACGGAUGUGUCCGCAAGGGGAUGGCAUCGUAUAUAGGCGAAACAUGACCGAUGAUGAUAAUGACGCAGAGCGCAGACGGUUGCCUGGGGAUGAUGACGACGACGACGAUGACGAAGAUACGUACGAUUCCUAUUUCGGAGCUGUCAACUACUGUCCGGAGCAUGCCGACUCCUGCUUGACUCUCUACACUGACCAUUCCAGAGAAAAAGUGCUUAUGAGGAACUGCUUUGACGAAGGGUUCUUCGGGUGCUACGAUUCGGUGCAAGGCCUUUCAGGGUUCGCGUGCUUCUGCAGACGUGACCUGUGCAACGGAGUAGCAUCUCUGGCACCGCUGAGCCUCAUGAUGGCCGUCGUCUUCGUCCUGCAUUGGGCCUAAGUGGUACUUCUACAAACCCCACCCUGGUAGCAGGCUUGUUCGAAUGUAUAUUUUUGGGGUGUGAUAAUCUCUGAAUCUGUCCCACUUGAGAACCCGUCUUUCAGAGACUGCCCUGCUGCCAGUGCCCGAACCCCUUGGGCCCAGGUACCUGAUGAACAUCUGUGUUUCCUGGGUAAUUUUGUAUAGUUUGGGUUGACAAUCAUUUCGGCUCUGGUUUUGGCAGCAGGUUUGUGGGAUCUGUCCAACCGUUUUGCUGGGUCCGAAUGUCCUGGUUUUUUUUUUUUUUUUUUUGAAACCUCCCACCCCGAGCAAGUAAUGGGCCUCGAAGCUUCGGAAAACGCCAAUUCCUCCGAGUUUUUUCAGAAAAUGCUGUGUUUGUGUUACUGAAAUAUUGUGUAUACUGUACUACUGUUCAAGAACAAGUCACUGAUCUUUUCUACGCGCGAUUUUAGAUAUUCUUGGGAUCAUAUCUGUGAUCAGGAGUCUGCCUAAAUUGCUCUAUUCCCUGCUUGCAACAGCUCAAGCAUUUCCAACCGAAGAUCAAACUUGAAUUGACCUGGGUGAACUCCGUUCGUUAAUGUUUUUGAAAGCGUUAUCAUGAUUCGGACCUACGCUCUUCGAGAUCUGAGGUAAUGUAGGAUCAUGUUCGACUUUCAUUCGGAUUUUUCGAGAACUUCGGUAAACCAAUCUCUGUCAUAAUUCUUUUUCCUAAUUGCUCACUUCGAAAGUGCUGAGCUAAUCGCUGAGUUGAAUUAAAUGAAUCGUAUGUGUACCAGGAUUUUAAAAAUUUUGAAUGACUGUGAAAAGAUGGAUAGAAUAUCUUCUCGACUUGAGGUGACGCUGUGGAAAGGAUUUUAUUGUUCUCUGUUUUUUUUCCGAGUCGAGAGAAGAACAUUUUGGUCUGCUAUUGUAUCGCCAAGAAAAUCAAUGUUUGAAUCCCAGCGUUGAUCAAAAACUGUAUCCCUUGGAAUGUUAUGAAACGUGGGCAAGUUGCGCUUUUUCAAGGUUAUUUAACUAUCGUGAUGGAUGAUGGACAAGCCAACCCAGCAAAUUGGUUCGACCAAAGCCUGAUGCUGCUUCGGUGGGCGAGGAGGCCAUGAUUGUUUUCUUCGGAAAGAGACAGAGCAGAGGAGAAAGAAGACUAGCGUUGAGUGUUGAGGCUUGCUUAGGCCCUGGUGAUUCUGGCUACUUUUAGGACCUAGUUGCGAAUGUUGUACGUGGUCCAAGCUAGUAUUUUCGACUAGGGUUGUGUUGCUUUCACACGGGUUUCUUGUUCGGACAUCGCUUCGGGUGUGAUCCCUUCGACAGUUUUAUUUUGUUGAUUGUCUGAAUACUCAACUGCAUUGCUGUCUUCUCCAGGGGACUAGGUGGACCUCCGCAGUGACUUCACACUCCAUUUUCCAAGAUUUUUUACUUCAGCUCAUGUGUGCCAAUUAGGGUUACCCUCCAAGCCACAGACUGCAAUUGUUUGUUUGUUUGUGGAUCCUAGAUUUGACAUUUUAAUUGAAGCGUUAGUUGCCUGUGGCCAAGGUGUAUGGCGAACCUGAUGGGUUAUAUAUUUGACAUCCUCAUGAUCUGAUUUCUUAUACUGUAUCUUAAGAGCGCUGGUUUAGUGCUACGUGAACAGUGCAGGUGGUCAAAUACGAUCAUACCCCGAGCAAACUUCAAUUAUAUUCCCGCAGCGAAGGUUUUCUUUCUGGUGUUGUGACAGUGUUGAGAUUUUGCUGACCUGUAAAGGAUGUUUGAGAACGUCUGAGGUGCUUGAAGGGUAACAUGCUGUUAAGAAAUGUGGUUGGUAGUGUGGUUGGUGCCAAGGAUUGUAUAGCUGAGGAUUCGGUGUUUUAAUGUUCGGAAACUUGGUGAUGGAUUGUACUCGGAACAAAUAGCUGAAGUUUGUAUGUGUGUUUGUGGAUUUGAGUUCAUUUUUCGUGAAUUGGGUUACCAGAGGAGUAGGUGCCAAGCUGGAACAUGGAGUGUGAAAGAAGUCUUAGUUGCAGUCCAGAGUGGUGGGACAAAUCUGGACCAGGGUGACUAUUAUUUUUAAUCUGUAUUUUCGUAUGCUUAGGAAGACUUAGGGCUUAGGGACUUGCGGGCUUUCUACCCCAUAGCUGCUUGGUUUUGCGUUUGCAAGUCCUUCCUGCCCUGGGGGCAUAGUGGAUGUGGACCAAGGUAGGCCCAAUUACCCGGUUAGGUUUGAACCAAGCGGUGAAGGGGUGAUCUGUGUUGAAUUUAACUCCGUGGUGUGGGGAUUUGAGUUGCUGUCUGUUCACAGGGAUUUGGCGUGCAUCUUAAUAUACCUUAUACGCUGCUGAAAAAUCGUCAUGGGUUCUGUCAUUUCAGUCUUGAGUUCGAGGUUUUGGAUAACUGUGUCGGUAGUUUGCUAAACGUACUGUAUUAAUGCAUGACGUUUUAGUGCAUGGUGUUUAAAUGCAGUAGUUCCUGCGCCCUUGAGAACUGCUGGGUCCAUGUGAUGCCCCGUCGUACUUCGUCACGUGUGGAGAGUUCCUCAAGUAUGAUCUGUAGCUUUUUUUACGGUAGCGUAUGAGUACUGUACUACUGGAACCAGUACUCGUACUAGGUACAUUUUUAUUUGAGAAUGACGUUCCUGCUGUGUUUCUUUUUCUCGUUCAGUUUUUGAACCUACCCGAACGAUCGGUCCAAAAUUUUCAUUUCAUUUUGCUUGAGUUUACCCAAGAAUUGGCACAAAAAAAAAAUACUGACCUCUCAGUUAGCUGUAAAUGAAUGCUCAAUUUGUGGUGCAAAUAUUUUGUUCCUCUGGUAAUUCUUGGAUUAGAUGCCUUGAGUGGAAAGAUAACGUUUCUUCCAGUAUUGUUUUUUUUUUUUUACAAAUUUGUGCGGUGACCUGUGUAUUGUUUUUAUGAAAACUGGAUGAAACUGAGAAUUCGUCGAGAGCGUUGCGGCCAGUUUUAAUUUAGGACCGCAAGCGUGUAUGUGAUCCAAAGUUUCGCAACUUCUUACCGCCGACAAUUUUUUGGAACAGUUGUCUUUUUUCGUUGAAUAGGUUGAUGACCUUAUUUCGGGUUUCACGUGACGAUUGCAUCUGCCGUAUUUAAUUCUUCCAGUGGCGAAAUCUAGUUCAUUCCUCUUUGAGCAGUUCGUUUUGAGGUGUAUUGAUGUCAAUUGAAUAUGAAUGCUAUUUAGGAGGCUUUAUGAUUGAGGUUACAGCAUUUUCUCCUGUGUAGACUCUGUGCUGAUUCAAGGUUAUUUUGAUGGCCUGUGUAAUUUUUGAACUCAAAGCGAAUUUCGAUUGACCGGAGUUCGGCUGUUUUUUGUGGAAAGGACGCCGUGAUGAAGAGCGAAAGAGCAUUUGGGUGCGAGAACUGUCAACCUGUGCAUAACGAAUGCAUUUCCCGAAGGUCGCACAAAUGUGUGGAACUGUGGUGAUGGAUCCUUGAAAGCGAAGUGACGGGGAGGUAGUGAAUAUUGGAUUAUUCUUGCCUCCAUUUUAGUCGCAGCGAUGCUGGUAUGAUAAGGACGUGAUACUAUUUUAUUCCCCGAUGCGUAGUUGCUUGUGCUGUUGUGAGAUUUCCAGAGAAGAGCCGUGUGUGUAUUCUGGCCUUUUCAGGAAGCUUAUCCAAGGUUACGUCUUGGUAAAUGCAUCAGACCCUGAUUUCGUGUGUUGUGAUUUUCCGAUUGUCACGAUGUGAGAUUUGUUCACCAGUCCUGUGUCAUUACAACCUAUCCCACUGAUGAAACCGAGACC